AUGGAGGAGCAGGAGAGCAAUGGUGGCCAUAACCCUGUUGGAAAGACCUUUACUUCCAACAAGGUUUUGAUUCAGUACAAGACUCUUGUCUCCGACAAGGACCCCACCAAGCCACUUGUCGAGCACACCACCGUGGGGCUUCUCCGGCCGCCGCCUCCGGCUGACAAUGCGGAGGAGGAGGAGAACGACGUCGUUGAUGCUUUUCACCUUGAAGGUUGGUGGACUGGGUUGGUGAUGAGUGUUGUGGGGGAGAAGUAUGGUGUGGGGACGUUUAAGAAACCGCCGGAUUAUUUGGAGCUAGAGCGCAGUAAGUUGAGGUCACAUUGGGAUUGGGACCAUGGGGUUUGGACCAGAGCCCCAAGACAGGUGUUGAGGGGAUCAAAUUACAAGCCAUGGACACCAGUUGAAGUGAAUCUGGAAAAAGAUCAUCUAUGGUCUUCAUGGUUACCUGCAUUUUUUAUUGGUCAAGUAGGGGGUGACUCUUUUUUGGUGCAAUACAAAUAUAAGACCCUAGAAAAUGAUGAUAAAAAUGGUCUUGUUAAAGAAGUUGUAACUGAUCACCAGAUUCGACCUCGCCCUCCACAGCAAGAGGAAAAAGAUUUUCACUUGUCGCAAAUGGUGGAUGCGUUCUGUGAUAUGGGUUGGUGGGUAGGGGACAUUACAGAAGUUCUUACGCACAAGAGGUACAUUGUCACUUUCAGAUUCACAAAGGAGGAGAAGGAGUUUUGUCAUUCAGAGUUAAGGUGCCACUUGGAAUGGAUUGGUAAACAAUGGGUGACUAGCGGUUCGGUAUGUAUGCUUUCCUUUUGUUUAUACAGGGAUCAUGGCUGGAUGUGUUCAAAAUUCCCUUCAGAGGUUUCAUUUUGCUACUAUAUUUUCAUACAGGAAUUUCAAUCUACUAAUGAUCGUGGAAUACAACCAAGACAUGCAAGGGAAAUUUCCAGUAAUUCUGUAGGCAAAACACCUUGUCAUACCAAGUUUAGGAUGAAGCAAUUGAGUCCUUGCAUGGAUAAGUUACCUUGUGAAAGAACCAAAGACAAACUGAAAAUAUCUCAGCAUCCUAGUGAUGAUUCAACAUUUUUAAGUCCCACUCCCUGCAAGAAAUUAAAAGGGGAAGAUUCAGAAGACACCUUGUCUCUUGCACAAUCCUAUCAAUGGAAAACCCCAGCUAAAACAUCCAAGAGGAAAGGCCUAUUUACUGAUGAAGAGACGAAUGAGCAACAGCAGUUCGAACAACUGGAUAGUCUAGCAAUCAAUUUUGUAAAAAGGGGGAGACAACCAAACUCACAAUUUGUAAAACGUGGAAGGAAGGGUAUACCCCGAAAAUUGCAUGUCAGCAAUGGCAGUAAAAGUGUAAGAGGUGACCAAGAAUACAUUGAAGAUGAAAAUGUAAUGACCAAGAUUGAAUCUUUUGGUAACCCGUCAGAGCCUGAAGCAAUUGGGGGCUUGCAUGCUGGAAAUUCAUGUUUGCUUCCUGUGAAGGAGAUUAAACAUGGUAAUGAAGAUAAAGUGAGCAGUGGAAUAAAAGGGAAGAAAAAACAGGCUGAGUUACUUGUUCAACACCCAAAAGAUCCAGCAGCAGGUUGUAUGAAUGAUAUACUUGAAAAGCCUGCAAAUCCAAGGGGGAACCAAAACCUGGCAACUUACCAAAGAAAGAAAAGGUUCAAACUGACAGGUAACCCUGCUGGGACUGUCAACCAACAAGAAAAAAGUCCAAAUCUGCCUUUUGUGAAGAAUUCUCCACUAUGGGAACAUCUUGAAUCCAUGGAAGUAUUCAAAAACUUUCCGCAGAAGCCGCAAUUUCAUUUUGCGGUGAACUUGAAUCCUGUAUUUCGUGAAGGAGCAGCCAUCGGCAGUAUGUUAGCCUUUGCUUCUUUGGUUGAGAAGAUUUCCAAUUUACGAGUUGAUGAUCCUAGAGAAUUAAUCGAAAGCUAUUUGAAAGGACUAGUUGAAAUGGAAUUGAUGGGAUUUGAUGUCAAAGCACUAAGGCAUCGUCUGACUGAAUUGCUAGACAUUAAAAUAAAGUUGGGACAGCUUCAGAAACAAUCAAAGGAAGUUAAACUUAGGAUCACAGGGAGUACUCAUGACACAACCACCUAUGAUGAAACAAUCACUGGGAUUGACAAGAAGAUUAAGGACUUACAAGAAAAACGGAUGAUGGCAGUGUCAAUGAAAGAGGUCAAAGUUUCUGAAAUUAGCAGGUUGCAAGCAGAAGCAACAGCUAUCAAUGAAGACAUCCAGAGUAUCAGGUGUGAUUUUGGAAACCUAGUGGCUGCUGAAUGGUGAUUGAUUCCUAGUGUUCCCUUUAGAUGAUCACUCAGUUUGCUAACCCUUAUUUUGUUUGGACAAGAUUGUCCAUGGAAAUAUUAUACCCAUUUGACUUGUUCAGUGAUGGAAUUUGGUACCAAUCCGUGUGGUAACAGCUAUGAUCCCCUGAAUGCUGGUAUUAGGAGUCUAUGCCACCAUAUUAUU